CUCGUGGAGUAUUCAACGAAUAAAUUGGUACAGUUUUGCCAACCAUGUUUCAUAUAUCUUCACUGUACUUAUCGUCUGCUGCUGCUUCCCGGACCUCUUCUCUACCACUACUAAACCAUGAACGUGCUGGCAAAGAUAACGAUGCAGAAGAAAGACCUAGACAAGGAAGAAGACCCAUCACAACAACGCUCUGUUUCAUGGGUCGAAACCCUUGACACUGUUUCACGCCAGUAUAAGUUCGAACCAAAUGGUAGUUUAUCUGUUAAGCUGGUAGACGACUCUAGACCGGUUGCUCAUAAAGUCGUUGAAUCGUUUCUGAAUAAGUUUUUUCCAUCAGGAUAUCCUUACAGUGUAAAUGAGGGGUACCUUAGAUACACUCAAUUCAGAGCAAUGCAACAUUUUACUAGUGCUGCACUCUCAGUAUUGUCAACUCAGUCACUGCUAUUUGCUGCAGGCUUGCGACCUACCCCUGCACAGGCAACUGCUGUCAGUUGGAUUCUAAAGGAUGGAAUGCAGCAUGUGGGGAAAUUAAUCUGUAGUAACUUGGGUGCCAGAAUGGAUUCAGAGCCAAAGCGUUGGAGGAUACUGGCUGAUGUUCUCUAUGACCUUGGCACCGGACUGGAAGUUCUAUCUCCGCUAUGUCCCCAUCUUUUUCUUGAAAUGGCUGGACUUGGAAAUUUUGCAAAGGGAAUGGCAACCGUUGCAGCCAGAGCAACAAGGUUGCCAAUAUAUUCUUCUUUUGCAAAAGAAGGCAAUUUAAGUGACCUAUUCGCAAAAGGGGAGGCCAUCUCUACUCUUUUCAAUGUCGUAGGACUAGGUGCAGGCAUUCAACUAGCUUCUACAGUGUGUUCAACAAUGCAAGGAAAGAUGGUAGUUGGUCCGGUGCUUUCCAUCUUGCACAUAUAUAGUGUUGUUGAAGAAAUGCGAGCUGCUCCAAUUAAUACAUUGAAUCCACAACGGACAGCCAUGAUUGUAGCAGACUUUGUUAAGAGAGGAAAGAUAUCAAGUCCUGCAGACCUAAGAUACCAAGAAGAUCUUCUCUUUCCGGGGCGACUGAUAGAAGAUGCAGGAAGUGUGAAGGUUGGUAGAGCUAUUCGUAAAGCCAUUAAGCCUUCAAAACUUCAUGAACUGAAGGAAAUGUUCCCUGAUGAGAAGUUUAUAUUAAGUUGUAGUACUGGUAAAUCUACCGAUAUGGUAUUGGCGCAAAAUGCAACAGGCGAAGACGCACUUAAAGGGUGGAUAGUGGCCGCAUUAGCUGCAAAUGUGGAACCAUCUGUAAAUUCAUCGAAUGAUACAAACUUCAAAGAAGCUUACGAGCAAAUGAAUAACUUAUUUCCAAAGUUUGUCUCCAAGUUAAAAACUAAAGGGUGGCACACUGAUCGUUUUCUGGAUGGAACAGGAAGCCGAUUUGCAUGACUCUUAGCUCUUCAACUUGUCUCUUAGAAAACCAGGACGUGUACCGGACAACCCGUUUGUAAAUAUGUCUGCGGACUCUGCUCUGCUACUUGAAAGGGCAUAUGACUACCCAGUAACAAAUAUAGCCGGAUAAGGGGUAAAGUUGGUAUUGAUAAUUAAAUUUAUUUCCUUUUAAGAGGGUAGGGGUAUAAUUAUAGUUGAUAGAGGGUAUUUGUGAAUAAUAGGGCAAUUUCCACUUUGUGUUGGAAUUACUUGAAAAUAACCCGUGGCCUGAAACUUUUGUUUUCCGAAUAAAUUUGGAGAUACAAGAAGUGUGUUCGAUUGUUUAAUUAGGUUACGAAUUCUGAAUAAAACAAAGGCAACACCGAGGAAAAAAGCAGUGAAAACAGCUCUGAUGUGGAGGCUUUGUUGCGGUGGACAAGUUUUGAAGAAGUGGAAGAUAUCAUCAGACCCUAUGUUUCUCAAGCGAUUAACAAGGCAGUGUAUGGUGGUUUUAAAAGUGCAAGAGAAUUAAGUAUACGUCGAUUACAAAAUCUUCAAUCGUGCUUUUACUCAAUUGGUAGCGGGAAAGGAUAUGCUUCUGCAUGGAGGCUAUGCUAAUGAGUAUUUCUACCAUUACCCACUGACGAAAAAGAAGAGAUGCUUCGUAGGUUUUCGACCAUGCAUGUUAAGUUAUGCAUCACUUAAGGAUAUCGACAAACAUUGGAUCAUCAUUCAACUGUUGGAGGACAAUAAAUCUGAGCAUUUUCUUUUGGUGUUGAAUAAUUAUUGGGAUUCGAACUUGGGAAUGGCAGACAAAGAUGUUCAGACUGAGGCAAUCAGACAAAAGGAAGAAAAGCUCGCGCUUCUUGGGAAAUUUCAACACAAUCAGAAUGAAUUCCAGGCUGAUAACUUCCUUACAAGAAAGGAAGAGUUCGAGGAGCUCAAGUGUGAAAUCUCUUGCUCGUAUAAUAACAUGAAGUUGUUAGUCAAACGUGCCUCUAUUUAUUAUCAGACAUUGGGGGAUUUAAAGUUUGGAAGGAAAUUCUUGAUGCUGGCAAUGGCAUUCCAGACACUCCUACAUGAGGAUGAGAGGAUCUUUCAAGGAGUGGACGGAGGAAACGCUACGCACGAUCGAGCUAGUCGCGAAAGAGGAGGAAGAAUGUGAUAAGGCAAAAAAAAUUUGUGCUGCAAAUUGGAACAAGGUUGUGGCCUCUUCCGGUCUUGUUUGAUAAAAGUACGACUGUGCUUUAUCUUGCACUACACCUGAACUUCAUAAACUCUUCCAACUAUGAACUUUCAAACGCCUUUGUUGGAACAUAGGCCAGUAUGCACUGCUUACUGAUUCUCAGUACUUUCUAGAGCUGUUACCUGCAUAAUUCUGACUAAUGAGAUUUCAGGUCUUAAAAUACUUAAAUAAAUAAAUAAUAAAAAUUCAGGUGGUCAAUUUUCCCCCCAUGCA